CUAGAUACGAUUAUACAAAUGAACCGAUGUAGUAUCUGUGCAACGCCGGUCAUAUACACUAAAGCUUAUUCUCUUUUUAAAUAAAUCAAAUGAAAAAAAAAAAAUAAUUAAGUGAAUUUGGAAGUUUCAAAAGACCUACUCAAACACUACUGGAGUACCGCCAAAAUAAGUUUUUUUUAAAUUUAAUCAAAAUAAAUACUUUUUUUAAAAUAUUUACUAAUGGUGAAUGUAAAAUCAUAAAAACAUCAGUCUAAAAUCACGCUCAUUAGUGUGUUAAACUAAAUACGUAGGUGUUUUUAUUUUAAAUUAUUUAAAAAUAAUAAUUAUUUUUAAAAAAUAACCUAUAUUAACGACAUGUAAUAAUUAUAAAUUAUAGGAAAUCUAAGUAAGAUGAAGAUUUUUCAUCAAGAUUAUGAUUUCACGUUAGUGUUAUUUUCAAUUUUGACGCUAUCUACUACUGCUGAAGAAUAUUCUCCUCUAUGUCCAUAUGGAUAUAAUCUUACUUAUGAUAACACACAGGAUAAUCACAUAUGCUACAAACUGAAAGGUCUCGAAUCUUUCCGGGAUAAAUACAGAAAUUGCAAUGGAAAUUUAUAUAAUUUAGACUUGCAUCGAAGACUUAAUGUCACCAACACUAGAACUAAAAUCUGGACUGACUUCAUUUCUUUAUAUCCUGGUGGACCAUUUGCUGAAUGGAAACACGGAAAUUAUGUAAAUGAUAUCAUUUUUAAUGUAACUUAUGAAUUUGAAAAUGAAACUUUAAAAGAACUAUGUCUAAUAAGUGAUGAUAACGAAUAUUUUGCAGUAGAUUGUAAAGAUAUGUAUAACAGAUACUGUUUUAUAAAACCGUACUCCGAAAUUGCUGGUAUAGAGGAAUGUGAUGAUAAUGAACCGUCGUUUAAAUUCUAUAGCCCUGAAAAAGCCUGUCUAUUAAAGAUAAAGACUGAGACAGGACUUAAUUGGAAACAAGCUAAGAAACUUUGUGAAAGUGAAACAACUACAUUACUAUCGAAUGGAUGGAUUCAUACAAAUGCGGAUAUAUUUAACAGAUCAUCUAAAUAUCCCGUGGGUAAAAUUGACAAUUCUGAAUUGGUUAAUGCUAUUAGAGACGAUACUAUAGAGAGAACCUGUGAUUAUCCAAAAGGGGAUUUUGAGACAAAUAAUUCAUUUGCGUGGGUCAUACAAAAUGGAUCUUGGCAAAAUGUUGACGAAAACUACAAAUUUUCUGAAAUAAUAUGUGAAAAGUAUACAAUCAAUAAAUAUAUCAAAUUGGAUUUAGUGAUAGACAUUAAAAAUCAAAUAAUUCUAACUGCGAAUGACGAUCUAGAUGAAAAAGACAUAUUUUGUCAUACAGAUUCAAUGACAUAUUAUCCUUCCAAAGUUAAGGUCCAUCGUUGCCUUAAUGAUCAAAUAUUUCUAUUAACCCCAAUGGAUAGUGGGUAUUACUGGUGUGUUCACGUUGAUCCAAAAACAUCACAAGAAACAUCUACAAGUAGAGUUUUAUUUAUUAAAGAAGGGCACAAUUUGUGGCAUUCGUAUGCAGUUAUGAUAAAUGUAGACGAGUACAACGUAGAAAGUCUAGAUAUAAGAAAAAUAGAAUGGAAAGAAAAACUGGAAGAAAUUUUUAUCAAAACCAGAUGUGAGAAAAAUUACAAUAACGGUACUUAUGAAAAUUGCGAUGGAUAUAAUGAAUCUGUAAAAGAAUUAUCUGCAGAAACGAAGAAAGGACAAGUUAUUAGAGAGUUUAAAGUGAAGAGAGUUUAUGUGGAUAAAAGGACAGUUUUGUUGCAUGUGGAUUUGAAUUUUGAAAUACCUCCGCUGGCUGCUGGAGUGUGGGAGGAUAUGGAAAUUCUAUACAUGCGACCUGUUUAUUAUUGCACAGGUAAACUGGAUUAUCCAUAUGAAUGUGUGGGAGAUUUUAACGUUGGAAUGGAAUGGAAAAAUAUAAGUUCAUGUAAAGAGAUAGAAAACGAUGAAGAAUUUAUUCAUAAUGUGAAGGCAGAACUGAAGUCCGAUAAUGAUAUCAUUAUGGAAAAAUGUUUCGAUUGUGAACUAUCUUUGUCAAACACAGAAGAUUCUUCCACAGCGGGUACAACAGAUAUAAACAUAACUGAAUCGACGUUUACACCACCGCCAAUUGCAUGUAAUGAAACUACUACAGAACAAACUACAUCAGCAGAAACAACUUUAAAUUACACAACUACAGAUGUUACCACUACAAUAAUAACUACGGCUGAAACACUGACAACUACGGACAUAUCGACAUCGAGUGCAACAGAGUCGACAACGGAAUCUUGUACUACAGAAACAACUACAUCAGAGUCAACUACAGAUUUAACUACAGCUGAAGUAACAACAAUAGCUUCAUCAGAGUCAACUACGACUGAAACAAUAACAACAGUUUCAACAGAGUUCACUACAGAAUCAACUUCUACAGAAACUACAACUGUAAUUACAACAGAGACUUCAACAGAAACAACUCAAUAUACAACAACUACACCAACGCCAGAAAAUUUGAUAGAACAGAUUUUGGAUGAUUUAGAACAGUUAUUGCACGAUGAAACGUCAACAUUUUUUAUUGAUGACAUAAUUGACACUUUCGGACAGGUAAAUAAUAUUUUAAACCAUGAUCAAGACGUGGUAAUUCCUGGUGAACUUCUACAAAUGCUGGAUCUCAUGGCUUCGCGGGUACAUCUGAAUGGAUCCCUUACAGGGAUGGUGGUGGAAGACAACAUAGCAAUGCUGAUGGCAGAUGCUGGUCCCGAGAACCCUGUGUUAGGAAUCAGCGUGGCUGCAAGAGAAACUGAUGAGUUCACCGAAGAAGGUUUUAAUUUUUAUACAGAAUUUGCAGAUCAACUCUCAGCAGAUACGACAGAAGCUGGAGUGUUUCUUCCGUCAUCAGUCGUCACUUCGGAUUGCAGGAUUAGUUUUAUCGUCUACCGCGAUGACAGAGCCUUCAGCGGCUCCCAGGAUGUCUUCUCUGUCAACAGCCGAGUCAUUAGUAUCAAUGUCACCAAUUUCAUUGGUUUUGAACCUGGCGAAGUGGUCAAUAUUCACACAAAUCCAAUGACGGAAGAUCUAGAACGAAAUAUGAGCCGUGGAUGCGGUUAUUGGGAAUUCCUUGGGGACGGCACAGGAUACUGGUCACAAGACGGCUGUACUUUCAUCAGGUCAAGAGCCCCAGGGACCUUGGAUAUCUGUCGGUGUGACCACCUCACAAAUUUCGCCGAAAUUCUCGUUCCACGUUCAGUGUUUUCACAGCGAAACGAGAACAUUCUGGAAGCAAUAUCUAUCACCGGCUGUUCGUUGUCCAUACUAGGAUUGUCAGCUAUUAUCUUAACCAGUGUAAUAUUCAUAUCUUGGAGGAAAAACUUUCGAAAUCAAGUAUGGUUGCAAUUGUGUAUCUCUCUUUUAAUUAUGAACAUAUGUUUCAUCAUCGUCGUGUUUGCAGAUUUUGAUUAUAACACUAUCUCAUGUGUUGCAACCGGAAUCAUGUUGCAUUAUUCUCUUUUAGCGUCGUUCUGUUGGAUGUUAGUUGUAGCUACAAAGUCCUACAGAGAUCUGGUUAUAGUUUUUUCUAAACAAGUGCCUCGGAAAUUUUUAUUAGCUUCAUCAUUUUCGUGGGGAUUUCCUUUCAUUGUUAUUGUGAUACUAAUAGCAUCUGCUCCAAGAUCUUACUUGAACAGAUUUGCGGAGAAAAAUCCUAAUGGAAAUUUUUGCUAUCCUUCAGGUCUUGCGUUAUGGCUGUCAGUGUUUGCACCGGUUUGUGUGAUGUUGUUUGCUAAUUGUGUGUUAUUUGUGUUAAUAGUUCGCAAAAUAGGAGUUGUCCCUAAGAAUUUACGGUACCAAAGGGCUGGAGACAAACGGGAGGCUUUGCAUUGUGCCCGGGUCAGUACAGUGCUAGUGUUUUUCUUCGGAUUGCCCUGGAUAUUCGGUCUUCUAGCCCAAAACAUUGUCGCUGCAUAUCUCUUUACUUGCACAGCGAGUUUUCAGGGCUUCGUUCUGUUUGUCUUUAUUGUAUUGGGUAAUUUUGAAACCAGGAAUUUGUGGUGGAGGAAAUUGAGACCCAAGAAGGUAAUGAAUAACACUUUCUCUGGAAGAUCUGUUACAAUGUUAUACUAAUUUGUAGUAUUUGGAAUUUAUUCCAUGAACAGGAAGCUGGAAACUUCUUGAGUCAGUGGUUAAAGCGUUAUCGUCCAAAGCAUACCAAAAUCACCGGAUUGCUGAGUUUAUGCCGAUACGGACAAAUUGUCCAAAUUCGAACUGUAAAAUCUGUUUUGUAAAUAAAUUCUUAUGGUACAAAUAAGUGUGUGCCGUGUGGUUCCCGGCACCAAUACAAAAAAGAAUAGGACCACUCCAUCUCUUUCCCACGGAUGUCGUAAAAGGCGACUAAGGGAUAGGCUUACAAACUUGGGAUUCCUCUUUUAGGCGAUGGGCUAGCAACCUGUCACUAUUUGAAUCUCAAUUCUAUCAUUAAGCCAAAUAGCUGAACGUGGUCAUUCGGUCUUUUCAAGACUGUUGGCUCUGUCUACCCCGCAAGGGAUAUAGACGUGACCAUAUGUAUAUGUAUGUAAGGUACAAAUAAGCUUAUAAAAACUAAAUGAUAAUAAACAUAUAUUGCAUACAUACAUACGUACAUAAAAUCACGCCUGUUUCACGGAGAGGUAAGCAGAGACUAUAUCUUUACACUUGCCACGAUCUCUGCAUACUUCUUUCGCUUCAUCCACAUUCAUAACUCAUUUAUAUGUACAUAUUGCAAGAUUAGUUCUAUGUAGUAAGUUAUAUCAAAAUUGAUUACUAAAUCUUUUGUAACGACUUUUUAAACUUAGAUUAUUAACGCAUCAUGAAUCACAGCGACUUUAAUUUACAUGAUCUUAAAUUAGUUGAUACGACGUUUAUAUAUUAUGUAUUCUAGUCUUAAUAAAGUGAAAUUUUUAGCGAGUAGGUACCUACAUUAAAAAAAUAC